AUGGCGCCCGUGGGCGGCCUGUGGCUGGCGUGGGCCCUGUUGGGAGUGGCGGGCGCGUGCCCGGAGCCGUGCGCCUGCGUGGACAAGUACGCCCACCAGUUCGUGGACUGCGCGUACAAGGAGCUGCGCGAGGUGCCCGAGGGCCUGCCGGCCAACGUGACCACGCUCAGCCUGUCGGCCAACAAGAUCGCGGUGCUGCGGCGCGGGGCCUUCGCCAACGUCACGCAGGUCACGUCGCUGUGGCUGGCGCACAGCGAGGUCCGCACCGUGGAGCCCGGGGCCCUGGCCGCGCUGGGUCAGCUCAAGAACCUCGACCUGAGCCACAACCUCAUCGCCAGCUUCCCGUGGAGCGACCUGCGCCACCUGAGCGCGCUGCAGCUGCUCAAGAUGAACCACAACCGGCUGCGCGCGCUGCCCCGCGACGCGCUCGGGGCGCUGCCCGACCUGCGCUCGCUGCGCAUCAACAACAACCGGCUGCGCGCGCUCGAGCCCGGCACCUUCGACGCGCUGGGCGCCCUGUCGCACCUGCAGCUCUACCACAACCCCUUCCACUGCGGCUGCCGCCUCGUGUGGCUGCAGGCCUGGGCCGCCAGCACCCGCGUCUCGCUGCCCGAGCUGGACUCCAUCGCGUGCGCCUCGCCCCCCGAACUGCACGGGGUGCCGGUGCACCGCCUGCCCGCGCUGGCCUGCGCGCCGCCCCGCGUGCGCCUGAGCGCCGAGCCCGCCCCGCCGGGGCCCCCCGGCGCCCCGCGGCGCCCCGGCUCCGCCCUGCUGCUGCACUGCGCGGCCGAGGGCCACCCCGAACCCCGCCUGCAGUGGCGACUCCAGAUCCCCGGGGGCAGCGUCACCCUGGAGCCGCCGAGCGGCGGGGAGGGCGACGACGGCGACGCGGCCCCCCCGGCCGGGGAGGAGGAGGAGGAGGAGGAGGAGGGGGCCGGGCCCACGCCGGCCGAGCCCCCGACGCCCGCGCCCGCCCCGGUCUGGCCCGCGCCCCCGGCCGCGCCGCGCUUCGUGGCCCUCGCCAACGGGUCCCUGUGGGUGCCGCUGCUGAGCGCCAAGGAGGCGGGGCUCUACACCUGCCGGGCCCGCAACGAGCUGGGCGCCAACGCCACGGCGCUGCGCGUGGCCGUGGCCGCCGCCGGGGCCCCCAAGCACGCUCCGGGCGGCGGCGGGGAGGAGGCGGCGGCGGCGGCGGGCCCCGCGCGCGGCCCGGCCCCGGGCUCCUCCGCGGAGCGCGGCCCCGGCGCCCAGGGCCGCGACAACAGCGUCCUGCCCGCCAAGCCCGGGGGCAAAGGCAAAGGGCGGGGCGGCGCGGGGGCGGCGGGCGCCCCGGGGGAGGAGGCGGACGGGGAGGACGGGGAGGGGGAGGGGGCGGAGGAGGGGGAGGAGGGCGGGGCGGAGCGGGAGGGGCGGGGCCCCGCCGACGGCGCCGAGGGCGGCGGCGCGCACUGCGGGCGCGGCGACCCCGCGCGCUACGUCUCCAACCACGCCUUCAACCAGAGCGCGGAGCUGAAGGCGCACGCGUUCGCGCUGGGCGUCAUCGCGCUGGACGUGGCGGAGCGCGAGGCGCGCGUGCAGCUGACGCCGCUGGGCGCGCGCUGGGGCCCGGGGCCCGGCGACCCCGCCGUCUCCCCGCCGCCCCCCGCCGCCCCCCGCCGCCGCCGCCCGGCCGCGCCCCCGCGCCUGCUCUACCUGUGCCCCGCGGGGGGCGGCGCCGCCGUGCAGUGGUCGCGCGUGGACGACGGCGUCAACGCCUACUGGUUCCGCGGGCUGCGGCCCGGCACCAACUACUCGGUGUGCCUGGCGCUGGCGGGCGAGCCGUGCCGCGUGCGCGUGGCGUUCGCCACCAAGCCCGAGCUGCCGUCGCUGCUGGUGAUCGUGACGGUGGGCGCCGUGCUGCUGGCGCUGGCCACCGUGCCGCUGCUGGGCGCAGCCUGCUGCCACCUGCUCGCGCGGCGCCCGGCCAAGCCCUACCGCCUCAUCCUGCGCCCGCGGCCGCCCGACCCCCUGCAGAAGCGCAUCGCCGCCGACUUCGACCCGCGCGCCUCCUACCUGGACGACGACGCGGCCGAGGCGGCGCCCCCCGCCGCGGGGGAGGGGGGGGGCGGGGAGGGGGCGGGGGAGGAGCCCGCCGCCCGCCGGGAGCCCACGCCGCCCCCCGGCCCCGGCGCCCGGCCCGCGGGGACCCCGCCCGACGCCUCCCCGCCCCCGGCCCGCCACGCCGACGAGUUCGAGGCCGGCUCCGAGUACAGCGACCGCCUGCCGCUGGGCGCCGAGGCCGGGAGCCUCGCCCCGGAGAUCAACGGCAACUACCGGCACACGGCCGGCUGA